AUGGUCUCGAUUGCUGAAACCACUUACCACAUGCUCUCGCGCCAUAUGAGCGAUAACGAAGAAGCCGAUUUUCCACUUUACCCAGAUCCAAACAUGUUCUCACCCAACUUCCCUUUCGGCGGGCAGAACUUUAACAUGGAUACUGCAUAUGCGUAUCCCAGAACUCAAGAAGGAUAUCCUGCGAGUACCGGUUUAGGCUCCUCCACCAUGUAUGCUGACGCACCGCAAUAUUCUCUCGAGUCACCAGAUCUUCGAGCAGCGCCCUCGAAUUACUCGACAGCAUCUGGACCUUCAGCGACAUCCUCCGCAAUGGGAUCUCCCCAUUCAAUCCAUGGGCAUGUUGUCCCGGCCCCCGAGUGGGCCUCUCACGGACUCGGGUUAAAUCCAAGCAUUGUGCAGUACGACAACUACAGCCAUGGCAGCAAUGAGUACAGCUGCCAGCAACCUACAGAUCCAUCCAUACUGCAUCCCCAAUUUUCCGUCCGCCCAAGCUCCGCGGCCCAGUCCAAUGACACAUCUGUCUAUCCACCACCAACGUACCCUGAAUCGCCAUCAUUAUCGCAUAUGUCGAGAAGUCCAAGACCGAUGAAGCAAGGAAGUCAAUCACCUUACUCAUACGGCUCUUCAUAUCCUUACCCGCCUCCUCGUCGACCAUCCAUUCAAUCUUACGACAGUCAAGAUGGCAAUUUCAGCAGCGAGGAAUCGAAAGAAAAAGGCAGAUGCACAUAUCCCGAGUGCGGGAAGAUCUUCAAAGACUUGAAAGCACAUAUGUUGACUCAUCAGAAUGAGCGACCAGAGAAGUGCCCGAUUCAAACCUGCGACUACCAUAUCAAGGGCUUUGCACGCAAGUACGACAAGAAUCGACAUACUCUUACCCAUUACAAAGGUACCAUGGUUUGUGGGUUUUGCCCCGGAUCUGGCUCUGCAGCAGAAAAGUCGUUCAACCGCGCCGAUGUUUUCAAGAGACAUCUGACCUCGGUCCAUGCUGUUGAGCAAACACCACCGAAUUCGAGAAAGAAGACAUCGGGUAACCUUAAUAGUACCAAGAAGCUCUCUGGGUACGCACCUGACGCUACCGGCAAGUGUUCAACAUGCUCCGGUACUUUCAGUAAUGCUCAAGACUUCUACGAGCAUUUGGACGAUUGCGUUCUCCGCAUUGUGCAACAAGAAGAGCCGUCUGAGGCUAUCAACGCAGCUAGACUCGCCGAGGUUGAGCAAGACCAAGCUGUGCAUGAAACCCUUCGAAACAAUGCCCUCCCGAUCACCACAAUUAACGUCUACUCAGCAGACGAGGAAGAUGAUGAGGAUUUCGAUGACGAGAACGAUGACGACUUUUCUCUUCGCACGAAGUCACGAAAGAAUAAGAACCGCAAUCCCGCCAACGGCGUUCAAAAGUCUCGUGGUCUCACGCACUCAAAAGGAGGCGUGACCCUAAACACCAAGGGCCGCAAGAAGCGCAAGGACUACCCUUCCUCGUGGGGAUGCCCCACUUCACAAAUGAAGAUGAAAAAGCGGGUUCUCUGUGUCUUCGAUGGCCCCCGUCGUCUCUGGAAAGACGACAUGAUGCUGGAUACAGACUACGAAGUCCGUAUGAAGCUCCAGAAUGAGAAGGCAUACGUCACUGACUUGGACGUUCAAACGAUGCGACGAGCGGACGCCUUCCACAAUUCCACAGAGGAGGAGAAGGGCCCCUGGGUGGCCGACGAUCUCACCGGCAUGGACUUGGAGAAGUUGAUGGAGGUGAAGCACGAGUAA